UCAUGCUGUCCAUUCUCCAUUCUCAUUUCACUUUAUUAGAACCAAGAACCGCACGUUUAGUUUAAUUAGAGUCACAUUAUAAAUAUAAACUAAUAAAAUUAGUUGUGUGUUUAGUGUAAACUAUUAAAAAAAUGGCCGAGCAAAAAGCUGAUAUUGCCCUCAUAGGCCUCGCAGUUAUGGGUCAAAACCUCAUUCUGAACAUGGACGACCAUGGUUUUGUGGUCUGUGCAUAUAACAGAACUGUUGCAAAGGUUGAUCAGUUUCUUAAAAAUGAGGCAAAGGGAACAAAAAUUAUUGGAGCAAAAUCAUUACAAGAUAUGGUAAAUAAACUUAAAAAGCCAAGAAAAGUUAUGUUAUUGGUAAAAGCUGGGUCUGCAGUAGACGAAUUUGUAAAAAAUCUUGUGCCACUACUAGAGAAAGGAGAUAUCAUUAUAGAUGGUGGUAAUUCUCAAUAUCUGGAUACACAGAGAUGGUGCAAGGAGCUUGUACCAACUGGCAUCCAUUAUAUUGGCAUGGGUGUGAGCGGCGGCGAGGACGGCGCUCGGUACGGACCUUCCCUGAUGCCUGGGGGCCAUCCAGCGGCUUGGCCUCAUGUUAAACCCAUAUUUCAGGCAAUAAGUGCGAAAGCGAAUGGCGAGGCAUGCUGCGACUGGGUGGGGGAGGAUGGUGCGGGACAUUUCGUCAAGAUGGUUCAUAAUGGCAUCGAGUAUGGAGAUAUGCAGCUUAUCUGCGAAGCCUACCAUGUCAUGAAGGAUAUACUUGGUUUGGAACAAAAUGAAAUGGCGCAAGUAUUCGAAGAGUGGAACAAAGGGGAAUUGGAUUCGUUUUUAAUAGAAAUCACAAGAGAUAUCUUGAAAUUCAAGGACAACGAUGGCAAGUACCUUCUGCCCAAGAUCCGCGACACAGCCGGGCAGAAGGGCACUGGCAAAUGGACGGGUAUUGCUGCACUGGAGUAUGGCGUGCCGGUCACUCUGAUCGGGGAGGCUGUGUUUGCUAGGUGCCUCUCAGCUCUCAAAGACGAGCGUCUAAAAGCCAGCAAGAGUCUCCCCGGCUCCGAGAUCAAAUUCGCCGGGAACAAGAAGGAGUUCCUGGAACACUUGCGCAGGGCUCUGUUCGCCAGCAAGCUGAUCUCGUACGCGCAAGGCUUCAUGCUGCUGCGCGAAGCUGCCAAGGUUAACAAAUGGAACCUAAACUACGGCAGCAUAGCUUUGAUGUGGCGCGGAGGCUGCAUCAUCCGCAGCGUCUUCCUUGGAAAUAUUAAGGACGCGUUCACGAAGAACCCUCAGCUAUCGAACCUACUUCUGGACCCGUACUUCAGCGGGCGCAUCAGCUCUGCGCAGGCGUCGCUGCGGCAGGUGGUCGCGCAGGCGGCGCUCGUCGGUGUCCCCGCGCCCGCCUUCUGCUCUGCGCUCGCCUUUUACGACGGGUACCGCGCGGAUGUCUUGCCUGCCAAUUUGUUACAGGCCCAAAGGGACUACUUCGGCGCGCACACGUACGAGCUGAUGACGAAGCCAGGCGACUUCGUUCACACCAACUGGACCGGCCACGGCGGCAACGUGUCCGCUUCCACUUACAACAACUAAAUACACUCCACCAGCGUUGCCAGAUUUUUGGUCAAAGUCAGAGAUUUUCAAUCCUAAUGAGUAAAAAAGCGGGAUUAUUUCGUCAAAAGCGGGACAUGAGAACACGAAAAUUAAUAUAGUUAAAUAGUUUUUUUCAUAUUUGUAAUGGCUAGAUUUUAUGGAAAAUUUACAUUCCCUAAUUUAUAGAUUUACCCUUCGUGCAAUAGUACCUAUGCCAAAGUUGUUUGUUUCUUGCUUCUGACUGUUAAUCCUGUCCCGUGGAUUAACAGUCAGAUAAAUUCUGGAGUCAUCAGGACGUUCCGUCAUAAUCGCAACGCUGCACACAAGUCAUGUUAUCACGUGGAUUUCCUCCAAAAAUUGUCAUUAUUUAAAAAAAGAAAUGCUUUAUUUACUUACAUUAUUUGUUUUUGUUAUCUUUUUUCGCUAUUAUUAAUAAUUGUUAUUAAAGAAUCAUUCAUAGGUACCCUAAUACUUGGUAUUAUUAUGAAGUUUUGUAUUAUCUAUACAGGAACUUGUUACAUAUAUAUCUAUAUAUGUAACAGGUUCCUGUUAUAUUUCACUGUAUGUAUGCAUACACAUUUAUAUAACCAGUUCCAUUUAUAAUCUAAAAUUAAGUACAAUUAUUUUAUGACAAUUUACACAUACAAUAAAAAAAUGUGAUAAUAUUUUACAAAAAUAUUCUUUAAGCGAUGACAUUCCCGUGUAUUCCAUUACGUUGGGUUGCUUAUUUUUCUAAGUGGUUCAAGUGACUUGUAAUCAUUCCUUUUUGUUAAUAAUUACUGUAUCGGUGGUUGGAUGUUUUAUUAUAAAUGUAUUUUUCCACAAGUUAAACGUGAAUAUACUCGAUUGUUGAAAUGAUAUUUUAACAAGAGAAAGGGUGCUUCCUAUUUUUUGAUGUUUUUAUUACUUAUUUAAAUAAAAAGUUAGAUUUAA